AUGCCUGGGACUAAAAUGGAAUUUCUCACCUGGAUUUUGCCGUCCUUGGUUCUGCUGUGCACCCAGCAGCACAGGUGUGCCAGAGCAAUGAAUGACAUUGGAGAUUACACAGGCUCCAACACAGAAAUAUCCUGGUUACCUAAUCUGGAUGAUUUAAUGAAAGGAUAUGCACGGAAUUUUAGGCCUGGAAUUGGAGGCCCUCCUGUUAAUGUUGCCCUAGCGAUUGAAGUAACUAGCAUUGACCACAUCUCAGAAGUUAACAUGGAAUACACCAUGACAGUAUUUUUGCAUCAGAGCUGGCGAGACGACCGGCUGUCUUACAACCACACCAACGAAACUCUGGGCUUGGACAGUCGGUUUGUGGACAAGCUCUGGAUACCAGAUACGUUCAUAGUAAAUGCCAAGUCUGCCUGGUUCCAUGAUGUGACUGUGGAAAACAAACUUAUCAGGCUACAGCCUAAUGGAGUCAUUUUGUAUAGCAUCAGGAUUACCUCAACUGUGGCCUGUGACAUGGACCUUACCAAAUAUCCCAUGGAUGAACAAGAGUGCAUGCUAGAUUUGGAGAGCUAUGGCUACGCUUCAGAGGAUAUCGUGUACCACUGGUCAGAAAACCAGGAGGAGAUCCAUGGGCUGGAUAAACUGCAGCUUGCUCAGUUCACAAUCACUAAUUACCGCUUCACAAGAGAAAUGAUGAACUUCAAAUCUGCGGGUCAGUUUCCCAGGCUCAGUCUCCACUUCCACCUGCGGCGGAAUCGAGGUGUUUACAUCAUUCAGUCUUACGUGCCUUCCAUCUUACUGGUGGCCAUGUCAUGGGUUUCCUUCUGGAUCAGCCAAUCAGCUGUGCCUGCUAGGGUGUCACUAGGUAUAACUACAGUUCUUACUAUGACCACUUUGAUGGUCAGUGCCCGAUCUUCACUCCCACGAGCCUCUGCCAUCAAGGCACUAGAUGUUUACUUCUGGAUUUGCUACGUGUUUGUCUUUGCUGCUCUGGUGGAAUAUGCAUUUGCACAUUUCAAUGCGGACUACAUGAAAAAGCAAAAAGACAAGAUGAAGGCGAGCAGACAGAGUGGAGAGAUCAAUGUGAAGAACGCCAUUGUUUUGUUUUCCCUUUCCGUUGCGGGUGUGAACCAGGAACUGGCCAUUUCCAACCGGCAGCACCGAGCUCCCAAAACCCUACCCGGAUCAUAUGGCUCUGUAGAAGUCGAAACUGGAGAGACAAAGAAGCAGCAAGAAACUAAACUGGAGAAAAAGAGUGGCUUAAAGUCCCUCUUCAAGCCCAUUGAUGCUGAUACCAUCGAUAUUUACGCCAGGGCAGUGUUCCCAGCAGCCUUUGCAGCAGUCAAUGUUAUCUACUGGGUUGCUUACACAAUGUAA